UAUACAAACAUAGACUCAUCCUUCCAUUUACCAUCAACAUGUCUCGUCAAAUAAUUUCCAUAAUGUUCCUGCUUUUCAGUCAAGCUGAGGGACUGUCGUGCAUCACCUGCAGCAGCACAUCUGGGUCUUGCAGUGGAUCCUCACAGUCGUGUGUGUCCUCUGCUCUCGACACAUGCAGCAGUAUGACCACCACCAUUUCCGCAUUGGGCACACAAACUGAAGUGAACACGAAAAGCUGCUUCAAUUCAUCACGGUGCAUCAAUGCCUCCCUGAACGUUGGAACUGCAAGAGUCACCUUGAGCACAUUGUGCUGCAACACGGACAACUGCAACACCCAGACCCCUCCAGCUAUUGGAAAUAGUGGCUCCAACGGGAGGCAGUGUUUCACCUGCAACCUGUUUGGACAGCUCUGUUCAUCAAGGAUCGACUGUGUCGGUGAUGAGGACCGCUGCAUCUCAGCCACAGUCACAACUGGUGGACAGAGCAUUCAAGCGAGGGGUUGUGCCACCAGCAGCAUCUGCACAGGGGACCUGUCAUCAGAGUUGGGGUCAGUGGCUGCAGACGUGAGGUGCUGUGAGGGAAACCUGUGUAACGGAGCCUGGGGUGUGGGCCCGGGACCUGGGGCCAGCGUAGUCCUGCUGCUGUGGCCCGUGAUGUCUGUCCUGCUCUUCCGCUAAGCCAGUGGUUCUCAACCCCAUGACCUCAUCAUAACCCUCCCAAUGUCCCUGUGACCUCAUCAUAAGCCUGCCAAUGCCUCCUUAGCAUUAAAUAAAUCAAAUAAACUAAUGCCAUAAACUAAUUUGCAACUGAGCACCCUCCAACCCCCAGCUGUCUCUUUUUUUCUUCAUAUUGACAUGUUUUUUGCGUCUGUAUUGUGUUUCAUUUCUUUGUUACGAACGGUCUGUUUUGGUUUUAGAUGUAUGUUUGGGAUUUUAAUUUGUAAUGCUUGUAAACACCUACCCUGCCUUUACAUAUAUGUGCAUGUAUGUAUAUGUUCGCAAUGUCCUGAAGAAAUAAAUGAAUUUAA